AGAAUGGGACGGUGGAAUGAGUCUCCGGUGGCGAUAGCCGUUACUUCAGCGGUGAUGGCGUUGGGCCUCUUUUCAAUCUCAGCCACAGCAUCAAGGCCCUGCAAGACCUUCCUCGUCUCCUCCUAUUCCAUCUCUUUACAUAACCCUAACGACCCUUCCCACGCUGUCUCCUCCCGAUUCGUCGACGUCUUCACUGAAUUCGCCCAAUCGAAUACCUUACCCAUACCCGCCGAUCCUAAACCCUCCAAUGUUUUCAGCUCUCUCCGUGAUCGCAGCAGGGACAUUCUCAGCGUGGUCGCCGCUCUCCUCCUCGGUGUCGGCUGCGGUGCUCUUACUGCCGCCACUAUCUACUUGGUCUGGAUGAUCUUCACGGGCCGUCGCGAGUACCUUGAGGAUUACGAGUCCGACGAAGAAUUUAGUUCUAAAAAGAAUGGGUAUGUUAACAUUCCUCCGAAUCCUGCCGUCAACGUUAAGGAAGAAGCUCUUUGUAAAAAAGUUGGCAUAGUUGUUAUUAAUAAUAGAAUAAAUUCUGGGAUUGAUUUUUCAGUAUUUCGGCCAUCUCAUGUCUAUGUCUAUGCAUUUUAUAUAUAAUCAAAGUACUGCCACUGUUAUUGUAUUA